ACGGAAAAUAUGAACACCUAUUAACACCUAACGUUACUAAAACUUUUUCACUAGACCUUUAGACCUUUUAGAGUUUUUCCCCCCUAUGAUGAAAGAAGCACGAAAGUGCACUGAAUGUCUCAAGUUUACAAUUAGUUAUUAAGAUCCUGUGUUAUCUGGAUUCUAAUUGCUGGUGGUUUUUACUUUAAACGUUCACAUGCACUCAUUGCACUGGUGGCCUAAUUGAGGAUGGAGCUCCAGCAGUGAACACCCUGCACGCGCACUGCAGUUUCGGCGUGAUGUCUGACCGGGACCGGAGGAUGCUGCAGUGCUGAUGGAACAUUUAAAAGGCAACAUUCUGCGUUUAUUUUCAAUCUAAUAACAGAUGCCAGUUUGUUGGCGAGUACGAGCUGCAUGAAUAUGAAAUCCUGCAUCGCUGUGAACUGCAGAUUGUUCUCUUGUUCAGUGAUGCAGCUACAUUUCCUCUGCUCAGCUGUUUGUGGAGAAGGGUAAACCGUCUGUGCUGGAUUUACAUGGAUUGUUUUUGUUUCUUCCAAGUGCUUUCCGACUAGUAAAUCUCACUGAUCGUGUAAUUUUAAUAUGGAGGGUGAGAUUCCAGUCAUAUUAGAGCAGUUCAUGAGCAGCCCUCUUGUCACUUGGGUUAAGACAUUUGGUCAGCUAGGUGACAGAGAGGGGGACAUGCUCUGUGAAUACACUGUAUUAGUGGAUGGCAUAUUCUUGAACAAGGUCAUGAAUCAAAUAAAUCCCAAAGGGACUGUUCAAGGUUUAAACAAAGUGAACAAUGACAUCGGCCAGAGAGCUCAAAACCUGUCUGUUCUCUUUUACCACAUCAGAUCAUACUAUCAGGAGACCCUGCAUCAGCUGAUUAUGAUGCCUCCUCCCAGUGUGCUGCUGCUGGGCAGGAACCCGCUCUGUGAGGAAGGUCUAGAAGAGAUCAGGAUGUUGCUGCUUCUGUUGCUUGGCUGUGCUGUGCAGUGUGAAAGAAAAGAGGAGUAUAUCGAGAAGAUACAAAGUCUUGAUUUUGACACAAAAGCAGCAAUUGCAGCUCAUAUCCAAAAGGUGACUCAUUGUCAGGAGAAUGUGUUUGAUCUGCACUGGUUGGGGAUGGAGGGCCUGUGUCAAGAGGAAUGGGAAAAUCUCUGCAGAAAUAUGAGCAUUAAUCUCAAAAUGUUAGUGGACCAGCGAGACCGCCAAUUUGAGGCCAUCGUGGAGUUGAUGCAGGGGAAAGAGACGAUGAAGUCUGUAGUGUUUGGUGAUGACUCCUCCCUCACAGAGUCCACCAGCAGCCAGCUCCCUUUAUCCCAGCAGCACCUGGCACUAGAGCUGGCGGAUGCUAAAGCCAGGAUCAAAUGCCUCAGACAGGAACUAGAGGAGAAAUGUGAACAGCUUUUAGAAUGCAGGCAGGACCUGGACAGUGUGGAAGCAGAGGUUAAAAGACUCCAGCAAGAGAACAUGCAGCUGUUAAUAGAUGCACGAGCAGCCAGGAUGUACCGUGACGAGCUGGAUGCGAUGAAAGAAAGAGCCAUCAGAGCAGACAAACUGGAGAGUGAAGUGGCUCGCUACCGAGAUAAACUUCAUAACAUGAACUUUUACAAAGUCAAACUGGAGGAGCUAAAGGAGGAUAAUCAGGUGUUGAUGGAAAGUAAGGCCAUGCUGGAGGAAGAGCUACAGGGUGUCAAAGCACGAUCUGAAAAACUGCACCAUCUGGAGAAACACAAACUCCUACUAGAAUCAAAACUUCAUGACAUAGAAGAGGAAAGAACUGUGGACAGGAGACGAAUAGAGGAGCUGCUAGAAAGGAACAUUAUACUGGAGCUCUCUCAGAAAAGGAGUAUGGAAGAAUCAAAGCAUUUGGGCUGGGAGCUAGAACUCGCCAAGAACCCUCAACAGAAUUCAGAGUCGAAAUCUUUGGGCCAAGAGGUAACUGAAGUGACAUGUAGCAGGUUGCUGAAACUGGAGAAAGAGAACCAGAGGUUGUUGAAGGCCCUGGAAGAACUUCAAGGAACCAGUCGUCCAUUGGAUGACAUCAUCUCUGAAUCUAAACAUAUUGAGGAAAAUGGGAGGAUGGACAUAGUGGACUAUAAGACUCACAAAUCUACUCCAGCAUUUGCCAACAUGCACAAUGGCCAAAUUAUCACACCGACUCUGAAGACCAGCAAUUAUCCCCUUGACCCAGAACAAUUGCAUACAUCCUUGGAAAAUACUAACAGCAAUCUUCAUUGUCUUGAAGUACAUGUCUACGAAUUGGAGACUGAGAAACAGAGGCCUCAAGUCAAUUUCAAUCAAAACCAGGGACGAGCAGACAUAAAAAACCAAGGUCUAGUGCAUGAGAAUGGAGAUUUGGAGCAAGAUAGGAGUUGUCUGGAGAAGGAGAAUCGGAGAUUGCGGCAGCAAGUGAAGAUCAAGGAGGUCUCGUUGGAUUGUAGUAACCUGAAGUUGGUGGUCCUUGAGAAGGAGAACCGUACCCUGGUUAAAAAGUCUAACUAUCUUAGUGAGGCCUGCACCAAGAACAAAGAGCUAGAGAAGGAAAACCAGGAGCUUAUUCAACAGACUGGAGUGGAUAAGAGGAUGCUGAUGACAUUACGAGAGGAGCUGCUGGACCAGAGGUUGAAAUUGCAACAGAAAGAAUCUGAUCUUGAAAAUUUGACUUAUGAACUAGAGAGGAUGAGGUUAAACCAGGAGUCACGAAUAGGAGAUCACGAGGCUGUAGACCAGGGUCUCAGUCAGUGUAAGCAGCUGGAGUCAGAGCUGGAGUCUUCUCUAAUGAAAUCCCUGAAGAUUAAGAAAGAGAGAAUGGCUGCCCUCGAGGCCCGUCUGCAAGCAUCGGCAAAGAUAAACCAGCAACUAAGACAGGAUCUUAAAACUGUCAAACAGAACUAUGAGGCAUUGCUUCAGAGGGAUGAGGAGGAAAAGGCAGGACAAUGUUCUCCACCAGAGAGGACAUGGCACAGAGAGAGUCAGGAGGCCACGUGGGCAUUGCUCAGACUCAAAGAUCGACUCAUUGAGGUGGAGAGAAAUAAUGCAACUCUUCAGGCUGAGAAACAAGCAUUGCAAACACAACUGCAGACAUUGCAGACGCAGUCAGAUGGGUUGCAGGCACAAAUACUUGCGUUACAACAGCAGACGGCUUCCUUGCAGGAGAGCAACACAACACUGCAGACACACAAUGCACAAUUGCAGGUAGAGAAGUCCACUUUAUCUUCCCAGAAUUCCUCUCUGAUGGCUCAUAAUGCACAGCUACAGCGGGAACGGCAGAGUUCGGAGGCUGAGAGGGAGAGCGCGAUACGGGAGAGAGAAGAUCUCCACACCGUUAAUGAACUUCUUCUCCGGGACCACGAGAGACUGAGCGUUCUGCAUGAGAGACAGGCAGCAGAGUUGGAGGUGCUCUCUCACAGGUACUCAACAAUGGAGAACAGUCACCGAACCCUGGAGAUAGAGCACAGAUCACUAGAGGACAGAUAUAACACACUACUUCAGCAGCGCUCUGAGCUGGAGGGGCUAGAGAGAGCUCUCAGAGAAGAACAGCAGAAGAUGCAGAAUGAGAUAUGCACAAACAGUAACACAACAGCAGAGUGCCAAAGACUCAGAGAUGAGAAAGACUGGCUGAAUCAAACCUACCAGAGGCUGUUGGCAGAGAAUGAGGAACUUCAGGUUGAGCACAAGAGCAUAAAGAGCCAGUUGAACUCCUGCAAACUGGAACAAACGCUGCUAGAAUCAGAGCUGUCCAAACUCAAAGAGCAGAACCAGCAACUGGAAAUCACCAGCAUUAAACUGACAAACCAGUGUGAGUUGCUGACCCAGCUGAAGGGGAACUUGGAAGAGGAGAACCGACACUUGCUGGACCAGAUCCAGAGCCUGAUGCUGCAGAACCAAACCCUGCUAGAUCAGACCAUGGAGAGCAAGGACUUGUUCCAUGUGGAACAGAGACAAUAUAUAGACAAACUGAAUGAACUCAGAAGGCAGAAGGAAAAGCUGGAAGAGAAAAUCUUGGAUCAGUACAAGUUCUAUGACCCAUCACCUCCACGCAGACGGGGCAACUGGAUAACGCUGAAGAUGAGGAAGAUGAUGAAGACGAGGACUCGAGAUCAGGAGCAUGUUCGUUCCUCAACUCCCCAGCUCCGCUCCGGGUCAUGUGAGGGUCUGGAUGACCUGCGCAACCACGACAACGGCUCCUCUGUGGGUUCCCAGGGCUCUGAGGAAUCUGCUUCCAACUCCCUUAAUGGUGACACCGUGUCCCCUAAGAGGAGCAGCAGUAAAGAUUUUCAAGGAGACACGAUUUCACCAAGGCUUGCAAAUGGCACUGAAGGCCAAGAUCAUGGUCUGAAUGGCAAAUCGAGUCGUGCACCAAGUGCGAGCAGUGGUGAGUUCAGCGUGAGCCAGGAGAACGAGGCCUGGUCCAGUGAUAGCAGCCCCCUUCCAGAUCCAUUCUCGUCCAGUCAGCAACGAUUCAGUGACUCCCCUUCCCCAGCCCCACCCAACCACGAGGAGCUCAGGCAGGGCUACUGCUGCUCAAGGAACGGGGUACAGAGAACCAGCAGUGGGAGAUCCGCUAGAGACCGUUCAGCCCAAAAGCUGGACAAAGCAACCAUUGGACUGUAUAAAACUCAGAGCGUGCAAAGUACAGAGUCUGAUCCUAAACCUGCUCUUGAGCCGGAAGGGAAGUCCUCCUCCAUAUCAGGGUGCUUGAACUGCUUUGCCACGCCAGUGCGAAGCCCUAAAACAGGCCAGGCUCUGUGCACUCUGCCCCGCGCCAGCUGUGUCAUCUCAACAUCAGAGGGCCACAGUCGGCGUGCCAGUAUCCAUAGCACUCUGUCAGUGAAGCCAGUGGGAACGGUGUCAAGUAAGAACGGUGCUGAACCUCAACCUGACCCCAGUGAUGAGGUUUUAAAAGAAAGCCCUGUGUUGAAAGAGAAAGACCACAAACCAGAACUCCUUUUUGAUUCAGCAUUCACCAUCGAUUCGGUCUUUACAAACACAAUUUUCAGUGAGUGAAGUUGAAUUGAUACCAGUUAGAAAAGGUUCUAUGUAAACGCCUUUACUGAAAUCAUUUAUACUGGAAUCAUAUAAAUACAAACAUCUUAUUCUGACCAUGAUAAUGCCAUCUCUGAGGUGAAUUCAAGCAUAUUCAGUCAGAAAGCCAAUAAACAAUCCUUGUCCUUGAACAAUCCUCAUCUAAGGUCCUUAAUUUGUCUUGGAUGGCACACAUAUAUUUUUCCCUUAUCACUCCUUGUUUUGUCUCCUAAAUUUUUUAAGUAUUUUGUUUGCAUUUUUGCUAUGUGGUAACUGAUCCCUCAUUUUUUUGUCUUCUUCAAAUUACUUGCAUGAAGGUUAAAUCUAAAAAAGAAAAUUAUAUGUCCCUCCUCUGAGCAUGUAGCAUCAAAACUGUUGUGGUUCAUUUGUUCUGACUACUGUAUAUUACAGCCAUUUCCCCUUUUUGCAGUAUAGAAGAGCAGUGCUAUUUAUUUUUUAGCUGAAAUGCACCCUUUGUUUUUAAAAAAAAAAAAAAAAAAUGUACCCAUUUAUCUUGCUUACUUUUUUCAUGUUUUCUUUCUAACCUAAUAAAACCUGCUACUUUGUUUGCUGUG